AUGAUUCUGUUUUCUUUCAGACGAUCCAGUUACAUUGUUUCCUGCAGACUGUCGAAAAGUGGAGAUGCUCAAACAGAACAAGGACUGUCGAGAAAGCAUCUUUUCGAAGGUCUUCGUUCUUCAUUAGAAAGACUUCAACUUGAAUAUGUAGAUAUUGUAAUUGUAACACGUCAAAAAGACUCAUUGAUUCCAGUUGAAGAAGUUGUCAGAACUUGUACACAUCUUAUACACCUGGGAUGGACAUUCUACUGGGGGACAUCUGAAUGGUUACCGUCUGAAAUUAUGCAAGCUCAAACUAUUGCUAGACAAUUCAAUCUAAUCCCUCCAUCCGUCGAUCAAAAUGAACUGAAUCUGUUGAACAGAGGUCAAUUACAAAAUAUGCGAGAAGUUUGUGUCAAAUUAAAUAUUGGUGUCAUGACUGGAUCUCCACUUGCCGGUGGAAUUCUGACUGGAAAAUACCUCGACAUUAUUCCGAAUUUCUCAAGAGCUACAUUGAAGGGUCAACAGCAGAUGCGAGAUAAACUUCUCAGUACAGAGGGUUUAACACAAAGGGAACAAGUUAAGCAACUGUGUAAAAUAGCCAGUCGAAUUGAAUGUACGUGUGCACAACUGGCUAUUGCUUGGUGUCUUCGGUGUCCACAUGUUAGCAGUGUUGUUAUUGGAGCGGCAACAGUUGAUCAGUUGCAAGAGAACAUAAUGUCGAUCAUGAUAUACCCAAACUUAACGCCCAGUAUACUUUCUGAAUUGAACUCUCUACUCACCAUAACAGAUUCCAGUGAUAAUUUUCUUUAA